AAAUACACUCGCCAAUAUGAUGCAGGAGUUUAUUUUAUCAUAGUAGCUUAUUAUCGCGUGUUCGUAUUGAAAUAUAUUUUAGCGUUCUAUGUUCUGUGUCCUAUAUUCGACGACAAACUAAAAUGGCACUCAUAACUGCUUACUGGGGCUUGGACGGCAUUAUAGUUUUAACGACUCUCAUGAUAACCGUCUACCUCUAUAUGACACGCAAUUUUAAAUACUGGAAGAAACGGGGCAUCUCGGAAAUCGUUCCACCGACGCCUUUCGUAGGCAAUUUCACGGAAUGCCUAUUGCUAAGGAAAGCGCCGGCGUAUUUUUUAAAGGAGUUAUACGAGCAAGCAAAGGGGCUACCUUACUUCGGUUUAUAUAUUUUUGACAAGCCCUUCUUGUUAGUUCGUGAUCGGGAACUCGUCAAGAACAUCUUAGUAAAAGAAUUUAAUAUCUUCCCCGACCGAUAUAUUAUGGCAGAUCCCAAAGAUCGUCUGGGUUGCAACAAUCUCUUUUUUCUAAGGAAUCCAACUUGGAAAAUGCUAAGAAUGAAAUUGUCGCCAUUCUUUUCAUACGGUAAACUGAAAAAAAUGUUCGAAUGUAAUCAUAUAUUGAUUGAAUUUAUAAAUGGAUUAAAUCAGUUGAUAACAUUGCUGGCAGGUGAAGAAGAGAUGAUUGAAGUGAGAGAAUUAACUGCCAAAUUUACUACGGAUGUCAUCGGCAGCACCGCUUAUGGACUCGAUGUGAAUUCAUUCAAGGAUCCAAACGCUGAGUUUCGCAAAUACGGCAAAAUGAUCUUUCAAUACGAUACCAUUCGCGGCUUGGAGAUGCUCGCGAUAUUUUUCCUUCCAAGUAUAGUUCGACUCACCCAUAUAAAGAUGUUCGGCAAGCAGCCCACCGUUUUUUUGCGCAAGGUUUUUUGGGAGACAAUCACUCAUCGCAUGGAAUCUGGCAUAAAGAGAAACGAUCUCAUCGACAUUCUUCUUGAACUGAAAAAAGAUUACGGUGAUCAGGAUUACAACGGAUUCAAAUUCGACGGGGAUGAUCUUAUGGCGCAAGCAGCCAGUUUCUUCAGCGCUGGUUUCGAAACCUCUUCAACGACAACGGCGUUCGCGUUGUACGAACUCGCAUUGCAACCUGAUCUUCAAAAUAUUCUGAGGAAAGAAAUUGUCGAGGCUCUCGACAAGUCCGGUGGAAAGAUUACAUAUGAUAUAGUACAUGAAUAUUAUACGACAUUUAAUCACUAUCGAAAAAUUAUUAUAAUAAAUGUAUAUCACGCAAAUAUCGUUGAUAUCAUUGCUAGAACAAUGCUUUUACUAGACUUUUUUAUCUUUUACACUUGA